UACCAUCCUCCUUUCGUACCUGACGAGACGACCAAGCCGACCCGGUUUCUAAGCUAUCAGUUUCACUUUUCUAUGAAGUAUACAUAAUACAUUUUAUUAUACUAAGAAUCUGCAACUCGGCCAAGUGGAAGUACGGGGUUCGAAUUAUACUAAGAGUGUAGAACAGCGAGGUCACCCCUUUAUCUCAAUAAUACAUUCGGAAAAAGCGAACGUGUGCGACUGACUGGUGGACGCAGUAGAAGCGGAAUUUUAAAAAAACUACACGCAAUUGCUCAAGGGCAAUUUCAUGAAUCAAAACCAGUUAUCGCCGUCUCCGUGUUCAAAAGAUUUCUAAAACAUUAAGUGCAGAGAACGAAUCAGUGCCCCGGUUAUCGAUCCCAUCCCAGUCCUCUUCCGUACGGUAAGAGGCGUGGCUUUUAUAAUAUGCCCACAAGGGCAUUUCCAUUUAAAAAGUUAAAUUGACUCCGUAGCAGAGGACUCACUUCUGGAAAUACGCAGAACGUUUGGAAAUAAGCAAUUCGAGAAGAUGGUUUUGCAGAAAGCUCUGUCCAGCACGACUCUUUUGACAUCCCAGCUAAGAAAGCAAUGCAGAUUUUUAAGCCAACUUGUACCAGGGGAGCCGAGCUCGCCCUCGGUCAAUACCAAAACGAUUCCGGGUCCCAAAUCGCAGAAAUUGAUGGCAGACAUGAACAGCAUACAGCAAGCCGGCUCGGUCCAACUGUUCGGAGACUACGAAAAAAGCCUCGGAAAUUAUCUGGUCGACGUCGACGGAAACGUACUUUUGGACUCGUACACUCAAAUUUCUUCAAUGCCCGUCGGAUACAACCACCCGGACAUACUUAAAAUCCUCGCAGAACCCGACAGCAUCCGUACUUUAGCAAACAGGCCGGCACUUGGUGUCUUUCCAGGUGGAGACUGGCCGGAUAAACUCAAGUCUGUUCUUUUAAAUGUGGCUCCACCAGGUUUGAAUAAAGUGAUGACAAUGAUGUGUGGAUCAUGCUCAAAUGAAAAUGCUUUCAAAGUGAUUUUCAUUUGGUACAUGCGAAAGAUUAGGGGCUUUGACAAAAAAAUCUCCGAUCUGGAUAUGGAAUCGUGCAUGAUCAACUUGCCUCCAGGCUCACCAAACCUCAGCAUAUUAUCUUUUAAAGGCGCGUUUCACGGAAGGACUUUAGGAUGUUUGACAACGACUCAUAGUAAACCUAUUCAUAAAUUGGACAUUCCUGCUUUUGACUGGCCUAUUGCUCAUUUUCCCCAGUACAAAUAUCCUCUUUCUGAACAUGUUAAAGAAAAUGCAGCUGAAGAUAAUAAGUGUUUAGCAGAGGUCGAGGAAUUGAUAGAAAAGUAUGCAAAGAAAAACCCGGUUGCAGGUGUAAUUGCUGAGCCGAUUCAGUCUGAAGGUGGUGACAAUGAAGGUUCCCCGGAGUUCUUCCAGGGGCUUCAGAAAAUAUGCAAAAAUCGUGGGAUUGCAUUCUUGAUUGAUGAGGUACAAACUGGAGGAGGGCCGACCGGAAAAAUGUGGUGCCACGAGCACUUCAAUUUGCCUUCUCCACCAGAUAUUGUCACAUUCAGCAAAAAAAUGCAACUUGGAGGAUUUUACCACACAAAUGAAAUGAUGGUAGAUAAGCCCUACAGGAUUUUCAACACUUGGAUGGGAGACCCUGGGAAACUUGUAAUCCUCGAAGGUGUGUUGAAUGUGAUAAAAAAGCACAAAUUGCUCGACAACGUUCAAGAAACAGGAGAUGUUUUGAAAAGUGGGCUUCACAAUUUGGAGAAAAAAUAUCCCGACUUGAUCAACUCUGUCAGAGGACGUGGCACUUUCUUGGCUUUCAAUGCGAAGAACACAAACCUUAGAGACAGCAUUGUCACCAAUUUGAAAAUGCAAGGUGUGCAGUCAGGAGGUUGCGGAGAGAUGUCAGUCAGAUUGAGGCCAGCUUUGAUUUUCCAACCACACCAUGCUGAGAUAUUUUUAGACAAACUUAACAACGUCCUUUCACAGUUAAAAUAAAGAGGCACAAACGUAAA